AUGAGUGACUGCGAUGAAGGGAUCAGAUCGGAAGAGAAUAAUCAACAACGACCGAUACACAAUUGUGCCAUUCAGAUGUACAUUUAUUUGCUGUGUCGUCUUUGUAAUCUCUUCGAAACCGAGGCUAUCAACAAGCAAAAGAAUCAAGCAUAUGCAACAACGGCAAAACGAGGUCGUAAGGUGCUGUUCGAGCAUGGCGAUGACGAGUUCAUGGAUCGUUGGGUGAUGGAUCGUGAACGAAUUGUGACUGUGAUCCAGCGAUUGCUUUCAUUGACUGCUACUGACUCUGAAGGUAAAACGCGUCGUGCUGCUGUCAAGUUCUUAUGGGCUCCAGCUAUUGUAUGCUCCAAUUUUAUGAGAACAGUGAAAGAAGUGGCGUAUAAAUUUCUCGAGAAUCCUGAAUUCGGCAAGUCAAGUGGACGUGAGUGGUUGCGGACGAUAUUUGAAUAUCUGCGUGUUAUUUGCAUCAAUUUCGACGAAUUUCAAAAAAUUGGAUCAAAAUUGGUCGGUUUAAUGAAGAAACUCGAAUAUUUAUCCUCUAACUCGCUGACGCAUUCUCCUUUCGUUGACGCUAUUGAAGCUUGUUCUGUUAAUUAUGACAUGGAUCCAUUGUUUAUGGCCAUAUUGACAUCAUUCUCUCGCCUAACCCCAUCGGAUUUCUCGAAGACGGAUGUGUCAGCAAGACCGUUCGCAUUGUUCAUCACCUCACUGGCUGAAAAGAAACCGCGUUUACUGAACAGACACAUCGUUAAUAUUGCGUUUUUCCUGUCAAACGAUCCGGUAACAUUACGCUCAGCAGUACUGACAGCAUUUGUUGAAAUAAUAGUGGAAGUUUAUAAAGGGAAUCUACCCGAGGGUAGUCACCGACGAGCUAGAGAUCGACUCCUUUUACGUCUUCAAGAUCAUAUAAUGGAUGUGAAUGCAGUGGUGCGUUCACGUGCACUUCAACUGUGGACUCGUUUAGCGCGGUGUGCGCAGAUACCGCUCGUGUUCAUUCAUAACGGUCUCAUUCGCGAUAUAUCCUCUCGUCUGUUGGACAAGUCCAUUUAUGUGCGCAAAAAUGCUGCCGUCUUCUUGGCAACGUUCCUCGAGUUCAAUCCGUUUGGACCAACGUUGUGUGCUGAUGAACUAGCAAAAGAGUUGAGUCGGCUGCAAACCGAACGAAUACAGUUGAAGAAGUCGAAUCCAGAAUACGAUAGUGUAAAAGCGGCAAUGAACGAAUGGUCAACAGUUCAAAACCAAAUGUUGAAGUGUAUCGAAAAUGCAAUCAGCGAGUUUGAAAGCGAGCAGCAAAUGUCGUCAAAUAAACAGCAAAAAGUGAGCGUCGAUGACGACGAACGAACGGAAAGAGAGAGUGGAACGAGCAGUUCAGACGGGGUGUUCACUGCCAGCGAUUCCUCAAAAGAGUUGUUCAAUCAGCUGAACGAUAGUGGAAUGGAAGUGGACGAUGUGAAGAAUGUAUCUGUUGAUUUGAAUAACUUAUUGAAUAAUAUUCCCAAUGAACAGUUUGUGAUUUGUUUCAUUCUUAUUUUAAAGAUGAUGGAUGUAAUCAUCCAACUACUGCACAAAAACGAUUCUCGCCGUGUGGCUGCGAAACUGUUCACUCAAGCUGUCAUCCUUAACAGAAUUCCUUUUGAGAGGUAUAUUUUUUGUUAUGAGUUGAUUGGUUUUCGUUGA